UGCGGGGCGCUGCGACCGGCACUCGGGGGCCGUUAGAAGCUCGCUCCACCAGCCGAGCCGCUGACGCCCCCCCCCCCUCAAGGGUCGCGAGGCGCGGCCGUUCAAACCCGCGACUAGCGUCCCGGGUUUCCGGGUCUUCUGGAUUCUCUGCGCUCAGCGAGCCCGCCCCGCCAGCUCCGCCGCGGCCGUCCUCUCCCGGCUCCGGGAUCGCUUAGCUCCCGAAGUGCCGGGACAGGAAGCCGCAGCGCCGAGCCCGCGCCAGGCGACCAGUACCCUCGGGCCAGGACUAGGACUCGGAUUUCUGCCCCAGGGCUCCAUCGCCACGUUGGAAAAGGCCAAGAUGUGAUCUUCGUGGUGGGAAGCUUAAGUUUUUAAACUACCCCAAUGGAUGCAGACAGUGAUGUUGCAUUGGACAUUUUAAUUACAAAUGUAGUGUGUGUUUUUAGAACAAGAUGCCAUUUGAACUUGAGGAAGAUUGCUUUGGAGGGAGCAAAUGUAAUUUAUAAGCGUGAUGUUGGAAAAGUAUUAAUGAAGCUUAGAAAACCUAGAAUUACAGCUACAAUUUGGUCCUCAGGAAAAAUUAUUUGCACUGGAGCAACAAGUGAAGAAGAAGCUAAAUUCGGUGCCAGACGUUUAGCCCGUAGUCUGCAGAAACUAGGUUUUCAGGUAAUUUUUACAGAUUUCAAGGUUGUAAAUGUUUUGGCAGUUUGUAACAUGCCAUUUGAAAUCCGUUUGCCAGAAUUCACAAAGAACAAUAGACCUCAUGCCAGUUAUGAACCUGAACUUCACCCUGCUGUGUGCUAUCGGAUCAAGUCUCUAAGAGCCACAUUACAGAUAUUCUCAACAGGAAGUAUCACAGUAACAGGGCCCAAUGUAAAGGCUGUGGCGACUGCUGUGGAACAGAUUUACCCAUUUGUGUUUGAAAGCAGGAAAGAAAUUUUAUAAUUCCUCAAUUGGUUAGAAUCUCUAACUGAGCACCUUCUGAAACCUGCUGCACAUUGGACUCAAAACAUAAGGAAAACUGGACCAACAGUAAUUGAGGAAAUAGACUCUUACUCAGCAGCUACAGUGUACGCUCCAGUCCCUUUGGAUCUUACUUCAUACUUUGCUGUAGUAUAAGAAGGAAGUUUACAAGACAUGACAUUGCUGCUUUUACAAGAGGACAUUCUAUUUAUUUUCGCAGUAACUCUCAUGUCCCCACAAGCAGAGCUGUCACAGUGUGCACUACCUUAAAAUUGUUUUAUUGUCAUUAUUUUUUUCCAGUGUGAGCUAAUGUGUUUUAUUUGUGAAUAGUCUUUUACAUUUUUGUAUGCUGAAUAUGGGCACCAAAGAACCUGUAAAAGUUAUCUUUUUCAAUUGAAUGUCCACAAAUAAAAGUUUGGAAAAGAUCUCUCUUCCUAUCCAUUCUGUAACUUUUAUUCCCCAUUUCCUCUUUUAAAAAAUUGUAUUCAUAAUUUUUUAAAAUCUAUGCAGGCUUAACUUUGGCUGAGGUGUGUUUUGUAUAUAUGUGUGUGUAUGCUACAUGUAUAUAGUAUCUUUUCAUGCUCUGUUACCAAAUAUCAGAGUUUUUCUUGCAGAUUGGAAAUAAAUCAUGUAUAUAAGCUCUAGGUAACUAGGGUAGAACUUUGCAGAAAAAAGAUGUUUUUAUGUUGCUAACUUAAUGAUAGAAAAUGUUAAAUGACUUUUAAAAACUAAGAAAUUGUGUUUUACAAAGAGAAACCUCUUACUAGAUGGGUGUGAGAAGGAAGCUGGGCUGGGUUGGACCUUCUGUGACCUUUACUUAGGAAAAACUCAGCUGGAAGUGUAGGAAGCAGUUGAGGUCCUUGACUUACUAAUCUUAGAUUGGUGCUUAAGGCUAUACUAAGAGUCUUGUCAGACAUUGAUAACAUUGUUCUGUUUUAACAAGACUGCCCACAAGCUGCCUCUGUGCCACAGUAUAAUUAAGAGUUCUA